AUGAAUCCGGAAGCCUUACCUUCGACCUGGUAUUCCAUUAGAUCUCAGUACGAAGAUCCCAGAAAGCACUCCGUGAUGUACACACUCUUCAUUGAAUACGGUUGGAGUGACGAUGACAAUGAUCUUUACCCGCAAUCAACCACCAGCUCCGAAGAUUUGCCUGCUAAAUCGCCGGACACACUCAAUUGGACUUUCGCAAUCGUACUUUACAUCGACAAUGCAGAAGACAUUCGCCAGUUGCCGUCCAACAUUCAGGACCCAAGUGUGUUAGAGCUGCCCAUGAGAUGGUACCGGGAAUGUAUGACGAGUCAUUCUGGCUGCGCGCCUUCGGAUCCAACUUUUCGAACAACACGCUCGAUUGAGAUGAACAAUGCGAACUCAGUCAAGCUAGUUAUCACUAAAAAUGAGGACGUUGACGGAUCAUGUGUAGCCUUCUCCUAUUGUUGGGGCAAAGCGAAGACCCUCAAAUUGGUCCAAGACAACCUGCUGCAGUUGCAAUCAUGGUUCAGCAAUUCAGAACUUCCCACAAGUCAUAAAGAAGCAUUCUUGAUAUGCAGGAAUUCCUCCGAGGACUGGCAAGACGAAGCGCUCGUUAUGAAAGACGUAUACAGAAACUCAACGAUGAGCUUGUGUGCAACAGCAGCGGCAGAAAACUCUGGAGCGAGCUUCCAGUCUAGAAAUAUCUCUCUUGUCGCUCCUCUGGUCUUGAACGAUUGGAUGGACGACGGCGAUCGCAAAAAACGCUGGUGCAUUAAUAACACCCAAGACAUGCUCAAUCAAGAAAUCAGAGAAUCACCACUUGUCUCCCCAGAGUACCUCUGA